UUCAUUCCCGAACUCAGAAGCGUAUGCGUCGACAUCUCACGAAAUUGAGUUCUCACGGAGACUAUUCUCUCCGGAGUGUGUCGUCUGUCAGUCGAAUUUAUUUAUUUACAAAGGAUAUUUAUUUAAAACCAUUUGACCACGUCUGCAGCUAACGACACUGUGGAUCUAUGCAAAUCGUUGGAAUUGUAGGGCUUUUUUGAAGUUGAAGAGAGGAGGAAUGUAUCGUUUCUUUGUGAAACUAACGUUUCUUAUUCCAGUCAUCGUCAUAACACAAGGUCUAAGAUGCUCUCUAACUACUGAAUCAUGUCUGAAUGGAGGGAGGUGUGAGGCCUCCUCUGACAGAAACGGAGAAUGCAGGUGUACAAGUGACUACGUGGGUAGCCGCUGCCAGUACUCCAACCCCUGCAAUCCCUCACCAUGCCGCAACGGGGGCGAGUGCCGCGCCGUAUCCCACGGCAACACUUUUGAGUUCCACUGCAAAUGUCGACUGGGCUUCUCCGACCAGCUGUGCCUGACGCCUACCAACCAUGCCUGCAUGAGCUCGCCCUGUCGCAAUGGAGGGACUUGUGACCUGAUCACGCUCUCCGACUACCGCUGCCGCUGCCCGCCCGGAUGGUCAGGGAAGACAUGCCAGAUUGCCAACCCCUGUGCAUCCAACCCCUGUGCCAACGGUGGACAAUGCUCACCCUUCGAGUCCCACUACAUCUGCGCGUGCCUGCCCACCUUUCAUGGCCAGACCUGCAAGCAGGACGUCAAUGAGUGUGCCCAGAUGUCGUCACCCUGUCGCAACGGGGGCAUGUGUGUGAAUGAGGUGGGCUCCUACCACUGCCGCUGCCCCCAGGAGUACACGGGUGCCAACUGCGAGACCCCCUACAUGCCCUGCAGCCCCUCUCCCUGCCACAAUGGGGGCACUUGCGUGCAGAAGGGGGACACCACCUAUGACUGCAGCUGCCUGCCAGGAUUUACAAGUCAGAAUUGUGAUCACAACAUUGAUGACUGCCCAGGCCACAAUUGUCAGAAUGGUGGCUUGUGUGUGGAUGGGGUCAACACCUACAACUGCCAGUGCCCCCCUCACUUUACAGGCCAGUUCUGUACCGAGAAUGUGGAUGAGUGUGAGAUGAUGCCAAACACGUGCCAGAACGGCGGUACGUGCCACGACACCUAUGGCAGCUUCCACUGUGUCUGUGUCAACGGCUGGACGGGCGACGACUGCAGUGAGAACAUCGACGACUGUGCCAGCGCAGCCUGUUAUCACGGUGCCACAUGCCACGACCGCGUCGCCUCCUUCUUCUGCGAGUGUCCACAUGGGCGCACAGGUUUACUGUGCCAUCUUGACGACGCCUGCAUCAGUAACCCGUGUCAGAAAGGCUCUAACUGUGACACCAAUCCUGUCAACGGGAAAGCCAUCUGUACCUGCCCUCCAGGUUACACCGGCUCUGCAUGCAACCAGGACAUUGACGAGUGUUCCUUAGGCGCCAACCCUUGCGAGCACGGUGGGCGCUGCCUGAACACUAAAGGCUCGUUCCAGUGCAAGUGUCUCCAGGGUUACGAGGGCCCGCGGUGCGAGAUGGACGUCAACGAGUGCAUGUCCAACCCCUGUCAGAACGAUGCCACAUGCCUGGACCAGAUUGGAGGAUUCCACUGCAUCUGCAUGCCAGGUUAUGAGGGGGUGUUUUGCCAGAUCAACACUGACGAGUGUGCCAGCAUGCCCUGUCUGAACAACGGCAAGUGCAUCGACAGGAUCAACUCCUUCCACUGCGAGUGCCACAAAGGCUUCUCUGGUGGUCUUUGUCAGGUUGACAUCGAUGAGUGUGCCAGCACGCCCUGCAUGAACGGAGCCAAGUGUACCGACGGCCCUAACAAAUACUCAUGUGAAUGCACUGAAGGUUACUCUGGACAGCACUGUGAGACUGACAUCAACGAGUGUUACUCGGACCCCUGUCACUAUGGCACGUGUAAGGACGGCCUGGCCACCUUCACCUGCUACUGUCACCCUGGUUACACGGGCCGCCUGUGCGAGACCAACAUCAACGAGUGUCUGAGCCAGCCAUGUCAGAACGGAGGCACCUGUCAGGACAGGGAGAACACUUACAUCUGCACAUGCCCCAAAGGCACUGCAGGCUUUAACUGUGAGGUGAAUCUGGAUGACUGUAUGAGCAAGCCCUGUGACUACGGGAGGUGCAUUGACAAGAUCAACAGCUACGAGUGUGCAUGUGAGCCGGGCUACGCAGGCGCCAUGUGCAACAUCAAUACCGACGAGUGUGCCAUCAACCCCUGUCACAACGGUGGCACCUGCAUCGAUAGCAUCAACAGCUUCACAUGCCUGUGCCCAGAGGGCUACAGUGAUGCCACCUGUCUGUUGCAGGUGGACGAGUGUGGCAGCAACCCCUGCAUCCAUGGCCGCUGCCAGGAUCUGGUCAAUGGCUACAGGUGUUUCUGUGACUCUGGCUGGGGUGGGCCUAACUGUGACAUCAACAACAACGAGUGUGAGUCCAACCCGUGUAUGAACGGUGGCACCUGCAAGGAUAUGACCAGUGGAUAUGUUUGUAGCUGCCGAGCCGGCUUCAGUGGACCUAACUGCCAAACUAACAUCAACGAGUGUGCCUCCAACCCCUGCCUGAACCAGGGCACCUGCAUUGACGACGUGGCCGGCUACGAGUGCAACUGCUUACUGCCCUAUACCGGUGAGACGUGUGAGACACUGCUGGCCCCAUGCAGCCCCCGGCCCUGUAAGAACGGUGGAGUGUGUCAUGAGUCAGAGGACUACCAGAGCUUCUCCUGCCUCUGUCCGGAGGGAUGGCAAGGUCAAACAUGCGAGAUAGACAUCAACGAAUGUGUGAAAAGUCCUUGCCGCAGCGGCGCCACAUGCCACAACAUGGUGGGCAGCUACCGAUGCAGCUGCCGUCCGGGCUACACCGGCCAGAAGUGUGAGACGGACAUCGACGACUGCAAGCCCAACCCCUGCAGUAAUGGAGGUCUGUGCAGAGACGGAGUGGACAGCUUUGUGUGCACUUGUCUGCCAGGGUUCCGUGGUGGCAGGUGUGAGCAGGACAUUAACGAGUGCGAGAGCAACCCGUGUAAGAACGGGGCCAACUGCACCGACUGUGUCAACUCCUACACCUGCACCUGUCCACCCGGUUUCAGUGGCAUCAACUGCGAGAAUAACACCCCCGACUGCACAGAGAGCUCUUGCUUCAACGGUGGCACCUGUGUGGACGGCAUCAAUACCUUCACCUGCCUGUGUCUGCCAGGCUUCACAGGCAGCUACUGCCAGCACGACAUCAACGAGUGUGACUCCAAGCCCUGCCUCAACGGUGGCACCUGUCUGGACAGCUACGGCACCUACAAGUGUACCUGCCCUCAUGGCUACACUGGAGUCAACUGCCAGAACCUGGUGCGGUGGUGUGACUCAUCUCCCUGUAAGAACGGAGGCUCGUGUUGGCAGCAGGGCUCCUCGUACACCUGUCAAUGUCAGACGGGAUGGACCGGCCUCUACUGUGAUGUCCCCAGUGUCUCCUGCGAGGUGGCCGCCAAACAGCAAGGUGUGGAGGUGGCUCUCCUGUGUCGUAACUCGGGCCAUUGUCUGGAUGCUGGCAACACCCACUACUGCCGCUGCCAAGCGGGCUACAUGGGCAGCUACUGCCAGGAACAGGUGGACGAGUGCGCCCCCAACCCUUGCCAGAACGGUGCCACCUGCACAGACUACCUGGGAGGGUACAGUUGCGAGUGUCUUCCUGGGUACCACGGGGUGAACUGCUCCAAGGAGAUCAACGAAUGUCUGUCUCAGCCCUGUCAGCACGGGGGCACCUGCAUCGACCUCAUAAACACCUACAAAUGCUCCUGUCCCAGAGGAACACAAGGCAUUCACUGUGAGAUCAACCUGGAUGACUGUAACCCUUCUACGGACCCUCUGACCAAUGAGCCCAAGUGUUUCAACAAGGGUCAGUGUGUGGACAGAGUGGGGGGCUACCACUGCAUGUGCCCCGCUGGCUACGUAGGGGAGCGCUGCGAGGGUGACGUCAACGAGUGCCUGUCGGACCCCUGCGACCUGCGAGGCUCCUACAACUGUGUUCAGCUCACCAACAGCUACCGCUGCGAGUGUCGCACUGGAUACACAGGCCAGCGCUGUGACAAGGUGUUUGAUGGCUGUAAGGGGAGACCGUGUAGGAACGGAGGAAUGUGUGCAGUGGCCAGUAACAACCCCGACGGAUUCAUCUGCAAAUGCCCACCGGGUUACACAGGCUCCUCCUGCGAAUACGACUCACACUUCUGUGGUAGCCUCAACUGCAGAAAUGGUGGCACCUGUGUCUCCGGCCACCUGAGCCCUCGUUGCUUGUGCCCCGCGGCUUUUACCGGCCCCGAGUGCCAGACUCCCACGAACAGCCCCUGCAACGUCAACCACUGCUACAACGGGGGCACUUGCCAGAGAACCUCCGAUGCACCCUUCUUCCACUGCAGCUGCCCGAACAACUUCAAUGGCCUGCUCUGCCACAUCCUUGAUUACUCCUUUCCCGGUGGGUUCGGCCGGGACAUCACACCACCACCCGAGGUAGAGGUGAGCUGCGAGAUCCCGCAGUGCGACGAGUGGGCGGGCAACCACAUCUGUGACUCGCUGUGCAACAACCACGCCUGCGGCUGGGACGGCGGCGACUGCUCACUCAACUUCGAUGACCCGUGGCAGAACUGCUCGGCGGCUCUGCAGUGCUGGCGGUACUUCAAUGACGGGAAGUGCGACGAGCAGUGCAAAAGCCCCGGGUGUCUCUACGACGGCUUCGACUGCCAGGGACAGGAGGGACAGUGCAACCCGCUGUAUGACCAGUACUGUAAGGACCACUAUGCGGACGGCCACUGCGACCAGGGCUGUAACAACGCAGAGUGCGAGUGGGACGGCCUGGACUGCGCCAACAACAUGCCCGAGAAGCUAGCUGACGGCCACCUGGUCCUUGUGGUCCACAUCCCCCCCGAGCAGCUAAAAAAUGGUUUAUCCACGUUCCUCCGUGAGCUCAGCAGCGUUUUGCACACCAACGUGGUGUUCCGGCGCGACGCAAACGGAGAGCCCAUGGUGUUCCCCUACUAUGGCAGCGAGCAGGAGCUGGCCAAGCACAACGUGAAGCGUUCCACCGACAGCUGGCCCGACUGGGCGGUCGUGCCGGCCAACAUGCUGGGCCAGGUGAAGGAGAGCGUGGGAUCCAUGGUGAACCUGCCCCGCCAGCGCCGAGAAUUGGACCUCAUGCAGGUCAAAGGGUCGGUGGUAUACCUGGAGAUUGAUAACCGCCAGUGUUACCAGCAGUCCACGGAAUGCUUCCAGAGCGCCACCGACGUCGCCGCGUUCCUGGGAGCACUGGCCUCCAGCGGGAAUCUCAAUGUUCCUUACAUCGAGGCAGUCACCAGUGUGCAGCCCACCCCUGCAUCCUCUGAGCUAUACCCCAUGUACGUGGUGUUCCUGGGGCUGGCUGUACUGGGCUUCAUCUGCCUGGGGGUGCUGGUGUCACGUAAACGCCGACGGGAGCACGGACAGCUCUGGUUCCCUGAGGGCUUCAAAGUGUCUGAGCCCAGCAAGAAGAAACGCAGAGAGCCCGUAGGAGAGGACUCUGUGGGACUCAAGCCACUGAAGAACAUUUUGGACAUUUCUCUGAUGGACGACAGCCAGAAUGGAUUGUGGGGAGAGGAGGAGCCAGACUCGAGACGCUUUAGGUUUGAGGAGCAGGCAAUGUUGGACCUAGAUGACCGCACUGACCACAGACAGUGGACCCAGCAACACCUGGACGCGGCUGAUCUACGGAUCCCUUCCAACGCCCCCACGCCUCCCCAGGGAGAGAUCGAGAAUGACUGCAUGGACGUCAAUGUCCGAGGCCCAGACGGUUUCACUCCUCUAAUGAUCGCAUCGUGCAGCGGGGGAGGCUUGGAGAUGGGGAACAGUGAGGAGGAGGAGGACCCUUCGGCUGAGAUAAUCUCUGACUUCAUCUACCAGGGAGCCAACCUGCACAACCAGACGGACCGCACAGGCGAGACCGCUCUUCACCUUGCCGCCCGCUACGCCCGUUCCGACGCCGCCAAGCGACUGCUGGAGUCCACCGCCGACGCCAACGUCCAGGACAACAUGGGGCGCACUCCACUGCACGCCGCUGUGGCUGCAGACGCACAGGGAGUCUUCCAGAUUCUGAUCCGGAACCGGGCAACUGAUCUUGACGCCCGCAUGCAUGAUGGAACGACUCCUCUGAUCCUGGCUGCCCGAUUGGCUGUGGAAGGCAUGGUGGAUGAGCUUAUCAACUGCCAUGCUGAUGCCAACGCCAUCGAUGACUUUGGUAAAUCUGCCCUUCAUUGGGCUUCAGCUGUCAACAACGUGGAUGCUGCCAUGGUGUUGUUGAAGAAUGGCGCCAACAAAGACAUGCAGAACAACAAGGAGGAAACUCCUCUCUUUCUGGCAGCCAGAGAGGGCAGUUAUGAGACGGCCAAGGUACUGCUGGAGCACUUUGCCAACCGUGAGAUCACCGACCACCUGGACCAGCUGCCCCGGGACAUCGCCCAGGAGCGAAUGCACCAUGACAUCAUCCGUCUGCUCGAUGAAUACAACCUGGUGAGGAGCCCAGGGCUCCAUAAUGGGACCCUGAGCGCCACCAGCCUGUCCCCUCCUCUGUGCUCCCCCAACGGAUACCUGGGCAGCCUCAAGCCCACCGCCCCAGGCAAGAAGGUCCGCAAGCCAGGCUCUGGAGGGAAGGAUGGUGGCAAAGAUAUGAGGAUACGGAAGAAGAAGUCCCUGGACGGGAAGGGCAGUCUGCUGGACAGCUCAGCCGUUCUCUCGCCCGUCGACUCCCUGGAGUCGCCCCACGGGUACCUGUCCGACGUGGCGUCGCCGCCAAUGACAUCGCCAUUCCAGCAGUCUCCGCCCAUGUCGUUCAACCACCUGCAAGGCAGUGGAGACAGCCACCUGGGUCAGAUGGGCAAGGGGCAGGACAUGGGGCGUAUGCCCUUUGACCCGAACCCUCCCCGCCUGUCCCACCUGCCUGUUUCUAGCCCCAGCAGCCAGGGAACCAUCACUAUGGCCAUGGGCGGAGCUGGGGGAAGAGGACAGUGUGAUUGGCACUCCAGGAUGCACCCGGGUCUCGGGCAGCAGGGUGGCUUCAACCAAGGUCUUCCCAUGUCCCACGGUAUGAUGGCUCCCCUCCGCGGGGUCCCCACUGCCACCCUGUCCCGGAUCAUGGGCUACCAGGGCCUGCAGACCAGCCAUCUGGGCACGCCGCCCCACCUCAUGCAGCAGAUGCACUCCCGGCAGAACCCACAGCUCCAGCACCAGAACUCCAACUCCACCACGGCCGGCCAGGUCCUGAGCCAGAGUUUCCUGAGCAGCGAGCUGAGCGGCUCGGACCUGCAGCAGGGCAACGGGGCGGGUCGCUCGGUCCCCAUCCACACCAUCCUCCCCCAGGAGACCCAGAUUCUCGGCACACAGUUCCUCACCCCACCCUCCCAGCACAGCUAUUCCGGCCCAAUAGACAACACACCCAAUCACCAGCUUCAGGUGCCUGACCACCCCUUUCUAACUCCCUCCCCCGGAUCCCCUGACCAAUGGUCCAGCUCCUCUCCACAUUCCAAUAUGUCUGAUUGGUCAGAGGGCAUCUCCAGUCCUCCAAUGAGUUUGCAUUCUCAGAUGGGCCUUAUCCCUAACCAGUUUAAGUAGAGUGGACAGAAGAACUCAUCAAUAGGAAAACUAAAUCAAAAAUACUUUUAAAUGGACAAUGGACAAGAACAUCUGACCUGACGGAAGAUUCUCCUUUUUUAUUACCAAUUUUUAUACUAACGACAAGAACUGUUUUUUAAAUUUUUUAUUUAUGUACUUUUUUGACAUGAUAUAAAGAAGAUGCUUUUAUAUUUCUGCUUUUUUUAUUUUAUUGGAAGGGAACCUGGGCUGUGUGUGCGGGGAGAUUGGGGACAGGGCGUCAGGAAAGGAGUAUGUCUAUCUACCGUGACGCAGAGGCUACUGACUGUGCGAACACUGGCUAUUUAUUGGUGUCUUAUGUUGCUCUCAUCACUGGAUCGUGCACCAAUUUUCACCGUUUUAUUUUGGGAGUGCAUUGUCAUUAUGAUGUUUUGUAUAAUAUAUUUUUCAGGGGAAUGUUUGUUGUAAAAGUUCCAGUAUUAAUGGAUUAGAUGUAUAACCUCAUCUUUUUUAACUGAAGCAAGUUUGUUACUGAACGACAAUUCAUUAAGUCUUAACACUGAGUAUGCGCUAGAGGAUGGAUGAUCAAACCUGUGUCUUAAAGUGUGUCCAAAAUGCCACCCCUGUCAGUUUAACGGUUGAUGUCUGCGGUAAAAUGAGUUUGGGGGAUUAGAAUGGGACCAGAUGAGUCCCGCUGGGAAACUGUGUUGACUGAAAGUGCAACGGUAAGUUCAUCCAGGACAUGAGAUAAAACUUAAAGACAAAUUACAUUUUACACAUGCCUUAUUCUACAAUGGUGUUGUCACUGUUAUUUUGCUCAUUUGAAGGCAAAAAUGUCAUCUUUGGUGAGAUUCCCAGUGAGUGUCCUCUAAAUCGAGGAUGCUUUUUGUGUGUGUAUGAGAGAAAGAAGGAAGUUCUUCUUGUGUGUUUGAUGACAUCACCUGCGCUUUGUGGGGAGCAUGGCAUAGGUGUCUGUUAUGUCACAUUUUAUAAACUAGAUCAGAGAUAAGUGUUUUAAGAAAUGUCAUUCAAAGGUGUAUGUACAUGCAAUGUUUGCAAACAAAAAGUAUUUCCUGUCAAAUAUCUUCUUGAUUCAAUAAAGGGCACUGUUAAGCUUGCAGUUAUGGA